UGUUUAUGCAAGGCUAUGGCUUAUUGGAAAUUAUGUCGCGCAUGUCUGGUUUCAAGGGAGUCAUUUACUUACAAUUUGUAUGAGAAUGUGUCCGCAGACAUCUAUAAUUUCUGCACUUCAGUUGAGAUUCAAGAAAAUGAAGAUCUGCCAAAAGGUCUUUGCAAUACAUGCUACGAGCUUCUUGCAAAAUAUUCAGAAUUCAAACAGACAUGUAUACAAUCACAGAGUACAUUAGUAAAUCUGGAUCUAAAAGGUGGUUUGAAAUAUGAAAACGAAAUAUUUCAAGAGCAAAUAUUUCUAGAUGAAAAUGACAAAAUUAAUAAGGAUACUAAUUUUGUGAUAGUGAAAGAAGAGAACCUAUCUGACAAUUAUUGUGAUGACACAGCUGAUGAUUUUCAAGAGACAACAAAAUUUUCAACAAAUACAACAGUUAAUGAAAUGAAAUUGAAGAAAAGACGAACAAAGAAAUUAGUGAAGAUAAAAAAGAAACCUAAAGUGAGAAAGCAUUUCAACUUCACAUGUGAACUUUGUAAUAAGAAAUUCAACUAUUUAGAAAGGUUUGAGGCACACAAACAGGAGCAUGAGGGAAAAACAGUACAAAUCCAUUGCUUACCAUGUAAUAAAACGUUCAUGACAUGGAGUGGACUAAAACGCCAUACUGAGAAUGAACACACGCUGGUCAAUCUAGAUUCUUUAAAGUGUGACACCUGCGGGAAAAUCUUCAAGAAUCGGGAGUCUUUAAAGAUGCACAGGAAAACACAUGGAGAGAGAAAAUUGUAUGUUUGCGAUGUCUGCGGCAAAGGAUUUACAACAAAAUUUAUUUUGCGGACACACUUGGAAACACAUAAGGAAAACAGAGAAAGGCAGUAUACAUGUGAGCACUGUGGCAAGAAAUUUUAUACCAAUACAAUAUUACUUUCACAUGUGUCCAGGCGUCACACAGGACGUAGGUUCAUAUGUCAAAUAUGCAAUUACCCUUUCACAGACAAGUGUAAUUUGGCCAAACAUUUGCUCAUACAUGAUGGAAAGAAAUUAUACAAAUGUGAUAUUUGUCUCAAAUCAUAUGGCACACAUUCAUCGUUAAUAGAACAUAAGCGGAUACAUUCUGGGGAGCGUCCAUUCCUUUGCAGUUAUUGUCCAAAAAGUUUCCUAUCAAAGAGAAGGCUGAAUGACCAUCACCGGACCCAUACUGGGGAAAGACCACAUAAAUGCGCCGUCUGUGAUUUGGGGUUUACUCAAAGAGGUACUUUGAAGAGGCAUAUGAAGGUACACGACAGAGUAGUACCUGUGGUUAACUAG